AUGUUCUGGUGGAGGAGCAACAUCAUAACAGAAUAUGUGGCAGAUCAUUGGAAAGAAGAUAAGUUCUUUGGCUCACAGUUUUUAAAUGGCUUCAACCCAACAGUAAUCCGGCGCUGUCAACAGCUUCCAUCAAACUUUCCUGUGACCAAUGAGAUGGUGCAGCCCUUUCUAGAUGCCGGUGACUCCCUGAGGAGUGCGCUAGAGACAGGAAAAAUCUUCAUGUAUGAUGCAAAGCACUUUGAAAGAAUUCCCAAGAGGAUACCAGAUGAGGGAAUUCUGCAUGUUGCCCCUGGUCUUUGUCUGUUCUACCUGAACUCAGAGCAGCAGAUGAAGCCCAUUGCCAUUCAGCUAUAUCAGCAGCCGGCAGAAGACAACCCAAUCUUCCUACCCAGUGAUUUGGAGAGUGACUGGCUGCUGGCCAAGAUGUUCAUAAAUAAUACUGUUGUUAUGCAACACCAGUUCGUGGUUCACCUGUUGAAAACUCACCUGCUGGCAGAGGUCUAUGCCCUAUCAAUGCUCCGCAACCUUCCAACAGUGCACCCAAUCCAUAAGAUCCUCACUCCACACUUUCAAGGCACUAUUGCUGUGAACACCAAAGCACGAUGCAAUUUAAUUGUAAAAUUGUUUGAAUUGACUGCUGUAGGAACAAAAGGAGCAUUGGAGCUGAUGAAAAGAUUUCAUCAGGAGAUUACUUACACUGACCUCUGUCUGCCGGAUAACAUCACCUCCCGAGGCCUGGAUGAUGUUCCAAAGUUCUACUACAAAGAGGAUGGCCUCAAGAUUUGGUCCAGUUUAAACAGAAACAAGAAGUGA